GGAGAUGGCGGCAGCGAGCUCCACCGCCGCGUGCGCCGCCGUCACCGCGCACGCUGAUCACCAGGGCAAACUAAGCUUGGCAUCUAAGAUCCACGGCCUUGCUGAGAGGUUGCAACAGCUGGGCAAGAGUUCGGGGGACUCCGUCGAUGGAAGUGAUAAGGGUUCUCGGAGUCGAACAGGAAGCGUCCACCCAAUGUUCACGGUGACCACGCACCCAUCCUACUCUUCCCACGAGCUGUGCUUAGACCGGCGUAACGAGACCAGUCCUAGUCACAGCCAGAUGUCUCGGAACUCUAGCCGGAAGAGCAGCAACUCGCUCAGGGUCAACCAGUCCACUAAGAUCGAAGAUUUCCGUCACCUUAUGCGUCGCUCCUCUACCCUGGAGGUUCACACCGCGCGUGUGUCCCUCAAGGACAUCGUCUGCUACCUGUCGCUGUUAGAGGCUGGGCGACCUGAGGAUAAGUUGGAGUUCAUGUUCCGCCUCUACGAUACGGAUGGUAAUGGAGUGCUCGACACGAACGAGAUGGACUGCAUCGUCAACCAGAUGAUGACGGUGGCCGAGUACCUGGGCUGGGAGACGUCGGAGCUAAGGCCGAUCCUACAAGACAUGAUGGUGGAGAUAGACUACGAUGCUGACGGUACCGUGUCUCUCGACGAGUGGAAACGAGGAGGCAUGACAACUAUCCCUCUUCUCGUCUUGCUCGGGUUGGACACAAACGUGAAAGAAGACGGCGAGCACGCGUGGAGGCUGAAGCACUUCAGCAGGCCCGCGUACUGCAACCUCUGCCUCAACAUGCUGGUUGGCCUCGGCAAGAAGGGACUCUGCUGUAUAUUCUGCAAGUUCACCGUGCACGAGCGAUGCGUGCAGCGCGCGCCGGCGUCGUGCAUCGCGACCUACUCCAAGUCCAAGCGCGCGCCCGCCACGCUGGCGCAUCACUGGGUUGAGGGCAACUGUCACGGCAAAUGUGCUCGGUGUCGGAAAAAGAUCAAGGGCUACAAUGGUAUCACUGGACUGCACUGCCGAUGGUGUCACAUCACUCUCCACAACCGCUGCGUGGGCAGUGCAGGUGGAUCCUGCUCGCUCGGUCGUCACGCGCGCCACAUCCUGCCGCCGCCCGCCAUCCGCCCGCUUGUGCUCGACCGACAACGCUCGUUGCCGCAUCGUCCUCAUCACGACCAGCAAUCUCUCCCCACCUCAAUAUCCCUCCCAAUAUCAAUAGCUGCGACCUCCGAGGAGAGAAAAGAGGAGAAAGAGAAGCGAGAACCUCGGGCUCCCCCCAUCUCCUUCCAGAUCACUCCUCCCGAUGGCUCAUGCCCGCUGCUCGUCUUCAUCAACCCGAAGUCUGGAGGCCGGCAGGGGUCCAGAGUGUUGAGGAAGUUGCAGUACAUUCUGAAUCCAAGACAAGUACAUGACAUAGCCAAGGGAGGACCGACGCAAGGUCUCCAGAUGUUCAAAGACGUGAAGAACUACCGCGUGAUCUGCUGCGGAGGUGACGGAACAGUCGGCUGGGUGCUGGAGACUAUGGAUAAAGUUCAGAUGGAAACCCAACCAGCUGUGGGAGUGAUACCACUUGGGACAGGCAACGACCUGGCGCGCUGUCUGCGGUGGGGCGGGGGAUAUGAAGGCGAGUCCAUCCACAAGAUCCUGGACAAGAUAGCUCGCGCCAGCACCGUCAUGAUGGACCGAUGGCACAUACACGUCGAGAACUCCACCGCUGAUCAGCCCCAGCUGUUCUCGUCAGACUCUGCACCGCACCCCACCACCGUCCCGUACAACAUCAUCAACAACUACUUCUCCGUCGGGGUUGAUGCAGCGAUCUGCGUAAAGUUCCACACGGAGCGAGAGCGGAACCCGGACAAGUUCAGCUCUCGGAUGAAGAACAAGCUCUGGUACUUCGAGUUCGCCACCUCCGAGCAAUUCGCAGCCAGCUGCAAGAAUCUACACGAGCAUAUUGAUAUUGUGUGCGACGGUUCCUCCCUGGAGCUGAGCAAGGGCGGCGCCCUGCAGGGCGUGGCGCUGCUGAACAUCCCGUACGCGCACGGGGGCUCCAACCUGUGGGGCGCCGGCGCCGCGCACCGCCGGGGGCGCUUCCCCAACGCGCAGCAAGAUAUCGGCGACAAACUAAUAGAAGUGAUUGGUUUGGAGAAUUGCUUACAUAUGGGACAAGUCAGAACAGGUCUCCGGGCAUCAGGCCGACGGCUGGCUCAGUGCAGCUCCAUCACUCUGACAACCAAAAAGACAUUCCCCAUGCAAAUAGAUGGGGAGCCGUGGAUGCAGCCUCCUUGCAAGAUUACUAUAACUCAUAAGAACCAAGUUCCAAUGCUGAUGGGACCAGCGCCGGAGAAAGGGAGAGGAUUCUUCAAGCUCUUCACUCACUGCUAACUUCACUCAGUGAAUCAAUCAACUGAUUUAUCAAUCAAUCAACUCAAAUACCUACUUCAACUUACAACAUCAAACUAUACAACAUAUUUAUCCGAUUCAUAAGUGAUAUAAAUUUAAUAACACAUUAAAAUAUUUAUCAAUCAAAGUUCGUAUACCACCAAUGUUUUCAAUGACAACUAAUUGAAAAAUCAGUUUCAAUUUUAGUCAUCCAAUCAAUUUAAUUAUGAGUAAUU